UUUUUUAUGAAAUAAAUUUGAAUACGAUUUUAAUAAGCAUUUGAGUUGACAUAAAAGUUUUAUUAAAGCAGCUGGCAACAAUGUCGAUAUAAAGUUUAUAAGGAAAAAGCGAUUGAAAGGCACAAAAAACAAUGUUAAUUCAGAAUGUUAAAAUUAUUAAAGUCUCAAAUAAAACUCUUUUAUUUCUGACAAUUGGAUUUAUUACAUUUUUAUACUUCUUCUACGUCUUUAAUUCCUGCAUCAUUAGUAGCUUUCAUAAAGCUUUCCGAAAACAUGUACCACAUAAUCCACACAACACAUCAUCUUCUCAAAAUUCUGAUACACAAAUAAUUUUCGGAAGUGUCGUUAGAAUUGUGUCAUUGACUGAUGAUGACAACAAGAAUGAAAGUGCAUUUAAGUAUCGUUUAGUAAAUACACAAAAUUUGUCAGUUAGAAGAUUUCCAGAUGUGCUGAUUAUUGGUGUAAAAAAGUCUGGAACGAGAGCCUUAUUGGAAUUCAUUCGACUUCAUCCUGAUGUUCGAGCAGCUGGAAAUGAGAUUCACUUCUUCGAUCGACACUACUCGUUUGGUCUGAAUUGGUAUCGAAAGAAGAUGCCACCAACAAUGCUCGGUCAACUAACAAUGGAGAAGACACCAUCAUAUUUUAUAACAACAGGCGUUCCUGCACGAGUACAUAAGAUGAAUCCAAAUAUCAAGCUUCUAUUAGUUGUAAGGAAUCCAGUCACAAGAGCUAUAAGUGACUAUACACAAGCAUUUAGUAAGAAAAAAGAUAUGAAAAAGUUUGAGGAACUUUCAUUUGUUAAUGGCUCUUAUCAGCUUGUUGAUACAUCGUAUGGAGCAAUCAAAAUAGGAGUUUAUGCAAAAUAUCUCGAAAGAUGGCUCAAAUUUUUCCCGCUCAAGCAGUUCCUCUUCAUAAGCGGUGAAAGAUUGAUAUCUGAUCCAGCCGCUGAGAUCUAUAGAGUUCAAGACUUUUUAAACCUUAAACGUGUGAUAACAGAAAAGCAUUUCUAUUUUAAUUCGACAAAAGGAUUUCCAUGUCUCUUGAAGUCCGAGAGUCGCUCAACACCACAUUGUCUAGGCAAAACAAAAGGUAGAAUACAUCCAGUUAUUGAUGAGAAAGCUAUAGAACGUUUGAAUGAUUUUUAUCGACCUUUUAAUGAGAAAUUUUAUCAAAUGACAUUUAUCAAUUUUGGAUGGUCAUAAAGGAAGCAGUUCCUCUAUCUAUCUAUUUUUUUAACAGUAAAAUGGAAAAUAUUUGCACAAUCAUCAAUUUUCUAAUACGACAAGAACAACAACAAACACAAGAGCAUAGCUUAAUCAAUCAAUCAAUCAAUUAAGAAUACAUAAAUCAUGAUGAAAAUACUAUUGGGAAUCAAUUAGUCUUACUUAACAAAAAACUUUUAUUGCACAAAGAAGAAGGCAGACGGAAAUUGAAAGAAAACAUGAAAGUUCAAACCGGUUCUACGGUUAAAUUCUAUUAACAUUAAUUUUAUGAAUGCACCCUCGAUUAAGUUAAUUGUGCCAAAAAAAAGGAAGUAGCGCUAAUAUUGAGUGUGUUUUAAGCAAUAAUUCUGAUGUUUCUCGAUUUAAGUAGAUUCUGGAUCAAGAGAACUACUUCAAUCGAAGAUCAACAGUACCUACGAACUAUCACAUAGUUAAGUAUAAAUCAUAUUUUUGCCAGUAACGAUAAUAGCAAGUUUUUAAUUAUACGAAAAAACAAACAAAGCUCAAUGAGACAAGAGAUACCUAAAAUGCUUAUGGCUUACAAAAGAAAAUAGUAUUCAUAAAAUAAUAUAUCAGUAUUAAUGGUUAUUCCUUAUUGUUUGUAG